AUGAAGCAUACCUGGGCUGCUUUGCUGGCGCUUCUCUUCUGCCUGUGCCAUGCUGGGGCCAGUGCCACGAAGGAUAAGUCCUGCAGGCACACGACCUGGCAGGACCUGGUCACAACCUACAACAUGCAGCCUCUGUCUGGCAAGGGAGGUCUCUUCAUCCAGACCUACAUUGCCAACAGAACUAUCCCAGUGUCCAUGCUCCCUCUCCAGUUCUCGCAGGAUGUUCCUACCUGCCCCUACUUGACCACAAUCUACUUCCUCCUUCAUUGUCCUCCCUUUAGCAACAAGUCACACUUGCACCUGUUGCAGAUGGACAAACUCACCAUGGUGAUCAUCCAUCCAGACAGCAAGGUGGAGAUAAUCAAAAUGGGCCAUAACAUGCUGGCCGGCAAGGUUAUGCAGCACGUGGUGCCCACUGGAACCUGGUUCAGCACCUUUGUGUCAGCCAGUGACUAUGCCUUCAUGGGCAACACCAACACCCCUGGCUUUGUCUAUCAGGACGACUACCUGGGCAACAAGACCGCCCUGCAGCAGCAGUUCCCCCAGGCCGCCAAUUGGAUCAACUUUCUUGCCUCCUAA